UUUCAGGCAAUGAAAGCCCAACUUGCCAUCUUAUCCCUACUCGUGGGGCUUUUGGCAGCCCAGGAUCUCCGUUCUCUACUUGAUAUCUGCGCGAACCCUCCGAAAACCACACCGAAAACUCUGAGCGACAAGAUUUCUCUUCCAGAAUCGUACAAGAUUUCUGGCUCGAUGACCGAUUGGAUGAAGGCGAGCACGUCGUUGCUCGUGGAAAGUGCCUCAAAAGAAUUCAGAGUUCUGGAGAAACAGACGAGAGAUCAGAUGCCGGAGAAAUGGAUUCAGGAGUUGACUGGUGCAAAGCUGACCUCGUUUAUCAACGUUACCAGCGGCGAAUGCAUCGGGAAUGUCUCGAAACCGGAUCUAUUCAAAAUUUCACGCUUCGAAUCCAUCAUCGGCGCCGACACAUCAUCCCUCUACAGCAUCAUUCUCGGACUAAUCGAAUUCGACAAAUCGCACACCGGAUUUUUCGUCGAAGAUCACGUCGAAGUGGUCGGUGGUGUUAACGCACAGAAAUGGGUCACAUGCAUUGAUGGAGCGACGGCUAACGAUACGAAGGUGCUGCUGGAGGUUCGAUACGCCGGAGAAGAGACGAUCAGACCGGCUCAAUCGCCAUUCUCCAACCCGUUGCUCCUCUCGAUCCGGCUCGCCGAGCUUCCGAACUUUAACAGCACGGUGGCGUUAAAUCAUGUAUCUGUGGAGCUUGAUCGUUAUGAGCUUCCCGUUGGAAAUGAGGCUGCGGUGGUUCAUGGUGUUUGGUGUAAGAAUCGAAACGAUACGGUUCUAGUUUUGAAGCCGCUCGAUGAAUAUGCGGCGAUUUUGAAUUAUUUCGAUCCGUCCACCAAUCGAUCUGAUGUAGUGGAGGUUUUAUACUCUAAAACCAAAAAAGUCAUCCAUAUCGCCGGGGAUUCGUUUGAAAAUGGCGUGAAACUAUUCAAAGCCACACCGAAACGCUAUAAAAAUGGCACCGACUACAUUCUCCAUGACUUCAACUAUGGAUACGAGUUCACGAUGAGCCACGGAGCCUGUCAGAGCUUCUCCCCGUUGGAUGAUAGCUCUGAGGAUGUGCUCGUGAAGAAUGGAACCGAUCAUUUUAUUAUGAACAAUAUGGAAUGGCUUUUGGUGGAUCCUGGAUUGAGAUUUUCUCUGUAUGAAAGUGAUGUUGAUAUGGUUGGAACGGCUUUUAAGACUUAUCGAGCUUAUGAUGGCCGAGAUGAGACGAUUGUGGAGCUUCAUGUGACUGAGGAUAUGGAGGUUCACUCGAUGGCGAGGUUUCGAAUGGGAUCCCGACAUCUUGCGGUCUCACUGACAGUUCAGAGGAUUCCGAUGGAGUCUUCUAGGCUUAACAUGAAAACUGUUCAGCUGUCGAAUUGUUAUGAUGAGCAAAAGUUUGCCAACAAUACGCUGAUGGUGCAGAUUAAAGAUAAAACCCUCUCCGACCUAAGCCAAGUCGGCCUAAAUGGCCUAAACGAAGCCGUCGCCUCCUCAAUUUCCAAGAAUGUCCACCCAAUUAUCCCAUAUCGAGUUAUCGUCUUCUACGUUGAAUCUCGUGACAGUGGCCUUGAAAUGAUUGUUCGUGUCGCUGAAAAGACUGAAAAGAAGCCUGGAAACGUUGUUGGAUAUAAUUAUACGACUGAACUGACGACAGCUGAGAUUUUUAAGCUUAUGAAUGACUCAAUGACACUUGAUAAAAUGCCUAUUGAGGUUUUGAAGAAUAAUGGAGUCAAGGAGGAAUGGAUGGCCGACGCGUCAACAAUGAAAAUGUAUCCACCGGAGAACGAUGACGGAUUCAUUGGCUACACGGGCGGUGCAAUGUUCGUUCUUGCCAUUUUCUGCCUUUUGAUUGGAGUAUCGAUUGGAGCCGUCGGAGUUUUUGUGGCGACUCGGCGUCAACGUAUUUCUACGCUGGCUUAUCAAGUUUUUGAGUAGAAUUAUUUCACUCUUCUUUUGUUGUCCAUUUUUGCAUAAUUUUUCAGUUUUUUUUGAGGAGUGGAGAAGCUUAUUGAGGAAAUUUUGGCUUAAAAUGGGUUAAUUUUGACAUUUUUAUGGGAAAAAUGAGCAUUUUUCAGCCAUUUUUGACAUAGAUUUUUACGUGCAAAACAUUUAUUUGUAGCAGAAGCUUCAUUUUUAUGCAAAAAUGUCGGUUUUUUAUUUAUUUUUUUUUUGGCGUAAAAAGUCGAAUUUUGAUGCAAAAGUAGACAAUUUCGGGCAAUUUUAGCCAAAAAAAAUCUUAUUUCUAUGCUAAAAAUUAUAUUUUCGUGAGAUUUUCCACACCGUUUUCCGCAUUUUUUGCCCAUUUUCAGCCAAAAUUUCUCAAGCAUCUCUCGACCUCCAACUUCUUCUAUAUCAUUCCCCUCUCGAGUUUCCAAAUUUAUUUCAAUUUUCGACUGGUAUUCUCACUUAUAUAUGUACUUUUUUUUGCGAAAACUUUGGUUUUGAAAUUUCAUGUAUUAAUGUAUUUUUAUAUCACUUUCCCCCCCCCCACCGUUGCCAUUUUCGAUGAAAAAUUAUUGAUUUUUCGA